CUGGGCAGGGUUGACUGUCCGCGCUCGCCUGGCAGAACGCUCGUCCGCCGUUCCAGCAGGCGGGGCGGAGAAAUGGCGGGGCCCUGGGCUGCCCCCGCCCCCGCGCCGCCGACCGGUCUGCAGCUGCUGUCGGCUCAGCGGCCUGAGCCGGGCGGGGUUCCGCUGCACUCAUCCUGGACCUUCUGGCUGGACCGAUCCCUCCCUGGAGCCACUGCAGCUGAGUGUGCAUCAAAUCUGAAGAAAAUCUACACCGUACAAACAGUACAGAUAUUCUGGAGUGUGUACAAUAAUAUCCCUCCUGUGACUAGCCUGCCUUUGAGAUAUUAUCAUUUAAUGAGAGGAGAGAGGCGACCACUUGGUAAGGAAGAGGAGAGUAAUGCAAAGGGUGGCGUAUGGAAGAUGAAAAUUCCCAAGGACAGCACGUCUACAGUUUGGAAAGAGUUGUUGUUAGCGACUAUCGGGGAACAGUUCACAGACUGUGCUGCAGCAGAUGACGAAGUAAUAGGAGUCAGUGUCAGCGUUCGGGAUCGAGACGACGUAGUCCAAGUCUGGAAUGUAAAUGCCUCCUCAGUGGGUGAAGCAACCGUUUUAGAAAAGAUUUAUGAACUUCUGCCCCACAUAUCUUUUAAAGCAGUAUUUUAUAAACCCCAUGAAGAGCAUCAUGCUUUUGAAGGUGGACGUGGAAAACACUAAUUGCACUCUGUAAAGAAUUCUUUGUCCUUUGCUGAUUGGUUUUGGAAACGGUCUUAACAGGAGGGAGAGUGAAGAGAAGACUUGCCGAAGUUCGAUGCUGGUCAAUUUAGCGUGGGUUUCUGUCCUUGCAGAUUGGGCAAUUAGGACUCAAAGUGGCAGGUGGGGUGGUGGGAGAUUGUGGGUUUCUACGGUCAUGUUGCUUGCCUUUUUUUUUUUUUUGCUUUCUAAUUUCUGUGUUCUUUUUACUCUGAUUUUUCCCUCUGAAAUUCUUUAUUUUGUGUAAUUAUUGUUUUGUACACUCUCCUUUCAUUGAGGCACAGAUGUCAGUUUUCUUUUAAGUAGCUGUACUGUACCUAGUUAAUGAGAAUAUGCAUAAUUGUGACAGGACUGCUUUUGAAAACCAUGCUGCACUUGCAGGAAUACCAGCUGGCAAAACCUGUCUUGAUUAUUUGUCAUGACACACUCCUGUAUACUAUGCACUGGGCAUUGCUUUUUCUGUCCUAGGAGAAAAAAAAACAUACUUAAUCAGAUUUUACACUGACAGCACACAUAUCUUUUAUUUUUCCUUUUUAAAACUUAUUUUUUUAGUUAUAAAAGAAAAAUAAUAGUUGGGUUGCCUAACAUGAAAACUAUAAUCAGAGUUGAGUAUCAGGAUACAAAUCAAACUCUAGAUUUGGAUUCUGUGAACAUAUUUCUAACCAGAAUUUCAGUUUGGCUUUUUCAAAGGAAGGUUUAGAAUGAUAACAAGGGAUUUCUCCAAAUAAGAAACCUUAUACUUCUGAUUUAAAGAGAAGGGAAUACUUUAAUUAUUUGAAUUAAGCUCCUUCCAAAUUUUGGAUAUGUGUACCUACUUAGGGCUUUCCAUAUCAAUUUGACACAUUUUGUUAAAUGACCCCCUUUCCUGCUCAUAUUGUGUGGUCAUAUCCAAUAAUCAGUAGCCCUCCAAAAUGGGCAGCCUUUUUCAUUUAGGGGCAGGAAGUUAAAUCUCCAUUUCCAGGACGAAUGUGAACAUUCACCAAGUUGAACUUGGAGUGCAUUCUGUUAACAUUAGUUUUUGGAAUUGUUAAUAAAAAUUGUAUUAUGUUACCAAAGAAAUACUGGUUUUAGUAUAAGGAACUGGCCACUCUUGGGAACACUGGGACUUGCUCCUUGACCCUGCUGUUUUUCCUGCUUCUCCCACCUAGAAGAGAUGGGGUCCUGUGAAGACACCACCUCCUGCUGGUGUUUUUGGAGUCAGGUUUGCUCAUGCAUGAGUAUACAUUUUACAGAAGGGCCAAGUGCUCAGAACUACACUGAACUCAGAAUUUUAAUUCCUCUUGUACAGGGAUGUCAAACUUCAUUUUCACUGGGGGCCACAUCCUCCUUGAGGUUGCCUUCAAAGGGCUGAAAUAAUUUUAGGACUGUAUAGAUGUUACUACUCCUUAACUGUUAAGGAGUUGAAAUUACAUUCGGCUCUUUGCAGGCAACUGUGAGACUGAUGUGGCCCCAGGUAAAAAUGAAUUUGAUACCCCUGUGUCUGGUAGUAUUGACCAGCAGAGAGACACAGAGGUACUUCAAGCCACGAACCUGUGUUUGUAAAUAAAAUUCUUCAAACAUUUGAAAGCACUUUCAAAAUAUCUAUUUAUAAAAGUUGUGCCCUUCACUUGCAUUACUAACUGCAUUAGCCAUAAUAACAGUGAUCAUAGUUUUUUACAAAAAUACUUUGUUUCUAAACUUGAGUUUCUUCAGUGAUUUUAAAAUGAGGUAUAAGGAUAUCAGACCCAUUUUUCAAAAGCCUGGACCUUGUUUCUUUAAACAUUUUACUAACAUCAAAUUUGUUUUUUUUUUUAUUCAUGAAAGAGUUAACAAUUAUUCUGUACUUGAAUUAAAAUUCUUAUAAUAUUUUUCUGAUAGAUUAGAAAAGGCAUGUAAUUAUCUUCAUUGUAAUUGUCGUAUAUACUUCCAUAAGUAGAUGGAUUUGAGGUAUUUUAUUUUUGAACUUUAUUUAAAAGCAUUGUGAUGACAUGUUCAACUUUUGCAUGUAUGUAGCUUUUGAAGUAAAAUAAAAUAAUAGGAAUGUUAGGCUCACAUUAAUGUUUUCUAAUUUAUAUUGUUUAUGAUCUUGAAACAUGGCUUAACACACAAAGUAGAUUUUUAUCCCAGAGGACUUGUGCCACUAUUUCUGACCCUGUGGAAAAUACCAACUGUGAAAAGGAUUUAAUUUGUCUAAGUUAAGAACCUAACAUCUAAAUUACUUUAAGAGAGGAUUUUGUCAGAUUCUGCUUUUGAAAUUGCUUUAAUUGAAAAUGUAGUUCAUAGAGAUGUUGUAUGAGCUAAAUUAAUUUAAUCCAUUUUAUAACUUCUUAGUACCUACCUGGAUUAAAUAAUCCAGUACUCUUCUGAGAUACAAGGACUAUUUGUGGGGGCAUGUGACUGUCAUGGUAGGGUGGUAUACCCAUCUCAGCUGAUGCUGGGGAGAGUGGAGACCUUUCAGUAGAAUCCUGGGUGUUUUUUUUUUUCCAGCCAACCACUUGCAGGUGCAGCCUGAACUCUCCACACAAAUACAGAAGUCAAAGAGCUCACUUUCUUGCCUUUGUAAUUCCUCAGGGGCUGGGAGGGACUGUGAGGCCAAUAUGUGUUUCACCUCAGGGGCUGGGAGGGACUGUGAGACCAAUAUGUGUUUCAGUUCCGUUAUUCCCUAGAUUGUGAGAGCUGGAGGCUUAACUGUUUAUGUUAAGAAAGUACACCUGUAAAUAAGGUCAGCUAAUACUCAUUGAAGGUAACUUGUCUAUAUUUGGAAUUUUCUUUUGGAAGUACUCCCGAAGUGCUGACUCAGUUAAAUAUUGCAUUUCCUUAAAUGCCUGCCACUUUUCUACAUUUCUGAAAUGAGGGGAGAGUUUACAGCAAACAUAUAUAUUUAAUAUAAUGUGGCUGUUAAAUUUAUGGUACAACUGAUGGAGGAAAAAAACCUAAAAAAACUUUAAAGGAGUUUAACUUGACUCUAACCUUCUCAACUUUCUUCUUUAUAUUAGCUUGUCUGCAUCAUGUACAUAGGCACAAGACCUAUAGUUGAAAGAAGCUUUGAAUAAAAUUGGCUCCACUAGGCACAAAUGUACAAUCUACCCACAGAACCUUUACUAAAUCUGUCCUUUGUGAAAGGACAUUGGGCUAACAAGUGACAGAGCUGGACACUGAAAUCUGCAAGCUACAUCCAGUCUAUGAUUCCUUAAACCAAAGAUACACAAAGUCUGGCAACACAACCCCACAACGAGCCACCCUGUCAAACACUAAGUAUCUGAUCCAGUCUGGCCACUGAUAAGACUAAAUGCAUAAUUGGAUUUCCUCGUUACAGGCAGUCCUCAUUUGUCCCUCUCACUCUGCAGCAGUAUUAACUGUGUGGUGUUUGAAAGUAGCUUGAUUGUGACAGGACACAGGUGUUGUGAGAGCCCCACCUGUGGACUUACACAAAGUUGACAACAUUUGGAGCCAUCAACAUGGUGGCGCUGCCUUCUAGCCAAGUGUCUGGUUCAGCAUACCUAAUUUAUUUAGCUAUGUUUGUGUAAUUAUUUUAAAAGUCUGUUGUAUUUUGCUCUUAAUGAUUUUAUAAAAGUACAUAUUACAAAUAGAAGUUUAGCCCUCCUACACCAAAUAAAAUACAUCAAGAUAAAAUUCUCCAGAUGUGCUUUAAAAUAUCUCAAAUCUUAGGCUCUCAUUGAGCCUUUAAGCAGCUAUGAAGAGAAAGAAAUGAAAUAAAGUAAACAUAUAGGAAAUACUUCCUCAAAUAUUGUGCUCAAAGGGAGAAGUAAAAUUGCAGUUUGAUUUUUUUAGCUUUCUGAAUAUGGAACUCUGUUUUUUAAAAUAUGCCUAUUGUUUACUUUUCCUAUAUUCUGUAUUACUAUAAGAUUUCAUUUAUUACAAAUGAAAGUAGAGGACUGCCUGUGGUAGUUUAUUUCUUAAAAGAAUAUAUUCAGACCAAUUAAAAAUUACCUAAGAGUUUGGUGACUCAGGACUUAGAAAGCCUGGGUUUUUUUAACAGCUGAGAGGAGUCAAGUCAGAAGGUGAAGAGGAAAAAGAUAGGAAGCAAGGUGCAGGAAAAGCCCCUGGUAACCUAUGCUCCAGUGUAGUAAUUAGAGUGGGUUCUUUCUCAACUUCUCCCAUGAAGGAAAAAAAAAAACAAGUAGAUUUCUUACACAUCUAACUGUACUGUUCUCUUUGUACUUUCAUUAUUUUAUGUCACAUGAAAAUCUAAGAAAACUUAUGAUUUAGGCUGCAAGUGCCCUCUGCUGUUGUAUGGGACACUUUCAUUUUGCUGGCGGGAUACCAUUUUUAAAAGAAAACUCACAGACUCUUAAAAUUUUAGAGUGGAAGGGACCUUCGAGAUCAUCUGUCAGUGCUUCUCUCACCCCUUCACAUGCAGAAUAAUCACUGGGUACUGACUUAAUAUGCAGAUUUCUCAGCCUCAUCCUAAGAACAUGAUUAUUCAGUGUUGGGGGGGUUGCAUGUGGACCUGCCUUUUCAGCCAGCUCCCUAGUGAUUCUGUUGUGGAUGGUCGGUCCUCAGACCUCACUUUGAGAUCCCUGACUAUAUCCAGCCCCCACACUGACAAAUGAGGGAAAUCCUCCAUGCCUCCAGUUCUCUCCUGUGACCUGAUUAGAAUGUAUGAUGCCAGCAGCAUUAGGAAGGCCAGAGAAAGCCAUUCUUACUGAGACUUGAGCUGAUAUUCCUAACUAGGCACUUUAAAUACCACACUUUACAGCUAGGGCCUCAAGCAGUAACAGGUAGCCCAUCUCUGCAAGUCCAUAGCAUAAAACCUUUCAUACAGAGUGGUGGCUUUUCUCAGCCUGUUAAGAGGACAGAAAUUAAUGUGCAGAAAAAGUAGUUACUCCAUAUGUGCAGUAGAUGCUUUCCUGUAAUGUCUUAUGGCAUCUUGGGUUCAGCAUCAUUGAACAAGAUUAAAUGAACAUUACAGAGCUAUAAAAUUGCAUGUAAAAUAAUGCAAAACUGUUCAAAUGACA